GGGGCUUGUAAACACUGUCCAUACUUAUUCAGAAAGAGUUCAGCCUCCUGAUUUCUUUCUGAAUAAACAGGACUUGCACACUGACAUCACAUCCACACCUCCUCAAACCGUGCAAAGAGCAUGAAGAACCGAUGAGAUGGAAGAGCAAUGCAGUGACAAUAAGAUAGCUGAAACAGAGUCUGAAGCCAAAUUGGUGUCACCAUCUGGGACAGACGAAAGAGUGGAGGAGUUAGAAGAGAGUGCAGCUGAAAACAAGGUUAAUUUGGGUAAUGAAGGCGGUGAAGCUCAACAAUCCGAGAAUAAUGAUGAAAGCACAGGAACAGAGAUGCUUGCAUUUGUGGAACCGUCUUUGUCAAAUCAGAAAGUGACGCCGGAUCUCACACUAGUGUUAAUCGGGGAAGCAAAUUCCAUUGAGAUUGGACAAAAAAACAUCUUACUUGACCACGAUGGGCAAACAAAUGUGGAACCGUUUUCAACCAAACUGUAUGAUUUGUGUGGUCGGCAUAUCUCUGUCAUUAACCUGCUUGGUCCACCAAACAUUGAUGAGUUCCCUUCAAAUCAAGAUAUUCAUGCCUUUCUCAUGCUGAUACCAAAUGGCCAGCAUAACAGUCAUUAUAAUUCAGGAGUGCAGUGGUUAGAAAAAACUUUUGGGAAAGGAUUGAUGGCUCAUGUAAUGACAGUUGUGACUCAUGGGUCAGAUGAAAAAUGUGAAGGUGCACUAACAGAGCUGACAGGAAACAGCAGUUUGGUUGAAAAAGGAUACCACACCUGCAACAGAUGUAUGAUGGAUGAACGAGAGAUAAUAGCUCUGCUGGAACAAGUAGACGCCAUGGUCUCUGAAAAUGGUCCCUACUGCCACAGUGGUGUGAUGUGUGAUGAAAAUAAAGGGAAUAAAGAACACAUGGACCACCAAUCCCACAAGGAAGAAAGGAUGGAUCCCUCAUUGUGUCAGCAAAGGCAAACAGAAGAAGAUAUUGAGAAUAAUGCAACUGCAAUCAAGGUAAAGUGUGAUCCAGUGAAAAGACCCGCUGAUGUUGAACUGACUUCUGACAUAAGGUCUGAACAAUCUGUUGCAACUAAGAAAGUUUAUUACUCUACAUCAGGUACUUUUAUGGAUAUGAGCAGGAACAUGGAUAUGAAGUCAGAGGAGUUUUCUGACAGAAUCAACAGGAAGUUACACUAUCAAAAACUGCUUGGAAGACUUCACCUUGAAGAAGAAAUUGAGAAAAAGUUGUCACCGGCUAAUUUCUUAAAAUUAGGUCCACCUAUGAAAAAGGACAUUAACGUAUCUGAAAAAGAUGUGGCCUAUACUUUUCUCCAGAGGUUGAUGAUGUUAGACUACAGAGCCAGAUAUGUUCCUAUCAAGAAAGAAAAUCCAGAGCUAAACAGUCCCAACCCUGAUCAAAAUUUCACUGUGGGUACUGACGAUGAUGACUUGGAUGACUUUUUCAGCAACAAUAGUGACUUUGAUCAAUCUAAUCUCAAGACUCACGUGCAUCCCAUGGAUGUUCAGAUGGCAGUUUUUCACUGCUCAGACAGCUUUUUUAAGCAGAACAUGAUAACAAAGCUCUCCCAGUGUCAGUACGCCUUACCUUUGCUUGUUCCUGACCCAGUAACAAUGGAUAUUGAAUGUCCUCUGUGGACAUUCAAACAAAUAAGAAAAACAUGGAAGAUAACUGAGAUGAAAGAUGACACAAACACGGUCACCAUGAAGAGUAUGCCCAUCUGCAAAGCUGAGACACCCAUGGUCUCAUUUCUCCGCUUGGGUUCACCUUCUCUGUCUAAAUCUCAGCUGAUGAACACUUUGAUCAACGAGCGUCACAACACCUUCUUCCACAGAAACUGCCCAGGUAGCACCAAGUCUCGCCACCUGAUGGAUGGUGUUGCAGAGAUUGCCUGGUACUGCCCCGCUGGGAAACCCAACGAUGCCUUCACUGACUGCAUCGCCUUCUGUAAUCUUCAUGGUGAUGCCCUGUCAUUUGAAAAACAGUGUGAAAUACUGACUGACAAAUCUUCAGUCAAUGUGGUACUUGUACCAACUCUGGAAAAAAAUGAUAAAAUCAGUGCAGUGAUCUCUGCCCUUUACAAGUUUGACAGACCUCUCAUUUGUCUCAUAGCUGAUAGCGAUCGUGUUGGGGUUGAAAAGAAAAAGGGAAAAUACAAAAUGGGUUUAAACAACAGAAGCCAGUCAGAAGUUUCUGAAGAACUGAGAGAAAUCAUUGGGAAGAUUUUGUCUGGAUCUCAUUCAUUCUUCCAGCUUGAAUCUAUGAAUGACGUUUCUGGAAUCAAAGUGGAUGAAGAAGACGCAGUCUGCCAAAAAGGGAAAUCUGCUGCAAUGAAAAUUGUGGAAUUGCUUAAGGGAAUUGAAGUUUCAAAGAUCAAAGACACAUAUCUCCCUUGUCAAGGUCAACUGUGGAAGGAAUGGAGCAAAAUCCACAAAGAACUGUAUCGCCUCAAAGGAAACAUUGAGGACGACAAAGUUCAAAAGCAACAGAAACUGUUGAAAAAACGACAAGAACAAGUCAAUGUUUCCUUCAGUAAACCUCUGAAAAUGUUCAUUGAAAGUCUCUCAACUUUGUCAGGAAAUGAAAAAGAUUACUUCUUGAAAUGGAUUCAGAUCUUAAUAGAUGCCCUCUCCACAGAUGACCUCUCUUUAAUUCUCCAAACCUAUGAUACAAAGUGGGCUGAGGUCUUGGCCUUGAAGAAAAAGAAGCAUGACAAGACUGAACUUCUGAAGCAUGACAAGACAGAACUUCUGAAAGAAAAGCAAACUGAGCUUGAUAAAAUAUCAACAAAAUUACAGUCAGCCACUUUUGGCUUGGAGCACAUCUUCAGAGAAAUGGGACAGAUCUAUGAAGCCCAUGCAUCUCUGCAGAAACCCACAAAGAGGGGACCGACUGACUGGUCUAAAUACCCUGAGCUGGCUGCAGAGCUGAUGGUAUCAGGACACCCAAUGGAGCUGAUGGAUGGUGAUGCAGGUCAUGUACCUCUAACGUGGAUCUCCAGUCUUUUAGAGGAAGUCAUCAAGAAACUAGGUGACAAGAGAGUCUUUGUUCUGUCAGUGUUAGGCAUACAAAGCAGUGGAAAAUCAACAAUGCUGAACGCCAUGUUUGGGCUCCAGUUUGCAGUGAGUGCUGGCAGGUGCACCAAAGGUGCCUUCAUGCAGCUGGUCGAAGUGUCCGAGGAGAUAAAGAAAAACUUUAAGUUUGACUACGUGCUAGUGGUGGACACUGAAGGACUGCGUGCUCUUGAGUUGGAAGGUAACGCCACUCUUCAUCACGACAAUGAACUGGCAACAUUUGUUGUUGGUCUGGGUAACAUGACACUGAUCAACAUCUUUGGAGAGAAUCCAGCUGAGAUGCAAGAUGUUCUGCAGAUUGUUGUUCAGGCUUUCAUGAGGAUGAAGAAGAUUAAACUUUCCCCAAGUUGUGUGUUUGUUCACCAGAAUGUUACAGAUAUUGGUGCUGCAGAGAAAAACAUGGAUGGAAAGAGACGGCUGCAAGAAAAACUGGACGACAUGGCCAAACUAGCAGCCAAAGAAGAGGUUUGUGAUGCAGAGUUCUUCAGUGACGUCAUUGCAUUUGAUGUGCAGAAAGAUGUGAAAUACUUUGCCCAGCUUUGGGAGGGAAGUCCACCUAUGGCUCCUCCGAAUCCAGGUUAUAGUGAGAGUGUCCAAGAGCUGAAGACCAUCAUCCUCUCCAAAGCCAAAGAGUGUGCUGGGAUCCCUCUCUCACAGUUCAGAAGCAAAAUUCAAGAUCUGUGGAAAGCCCUGAUGAACGAACAGUUUGUUUUCAGCUUCAAAAACACACUUGAAAUUGCAGUGUAUAGAAAACUUGAGAAAGAGUAUGGGAACUGGACAUGGAAACUGAGAAGCAACAUGCUGACCAUUGAGAACGAGCUUCACACCAAAAUUCAAAAUAGAAAACUUGACACAGUUGAAGUCAAUUACCUUCAUCAAGAGUUGAACAAAACCUAUGAAGAAAUCCAAAAAGAAAUGACAAAAUACUUUGAUGAUGACAGAGACAAAGACAUGUUGGUUCAGUGGCGAGGACGAUUUGAAGACAAAAUCAAAGACUUUCGUAAUGAACUAGUGAAAGGAGUGAAAAGAAAACUGGAUGAAGUCAUCCAACAGAAAAAGGCUUGUAAAAAGCUUGAUGAUAAGAAGACAGAGUUUGAGAACAACCUGCUACAAAAGAGCAAAGAACUCGCUCAUAAGUUGAAGGACCAGGCAAAAAAUGAACAGGAACUUGAAAAGCAGUUCAAUUCUGUCUGGAGUGGCUUAGUUAGACAACUAACUGCAGAUACAAAACCUAUUGAGGACAUGAACUAUGAUGAAGAUCAGUCAACUGUCCUUCAGGACCUAGGUUUUGAAUGGUCUCUUGUUAACGACAGCAAAACUAGUGGUGAGUACAAAAACAUUUCAGAGGUUAGUGAUUACAUUCAUUAUGUGUCCCUCACAAAGCACAACGAUUUGUCAGGUACAAGCCAACAAUCUCAAGCUAAUGACGAAAAAAACACCAAAGGGCAAGGAUAUCAUAUUGUGUCCACUCUCUGGGGGGGUUUCAAAAGAAUUUUUAAUUCUGUGCCGACACAACAAAUGAAACCACUUACAUCAAAUAGUGAUUUACCAUAUGACGAACAGAAACAGAUCAGAUCCCUGAUUGACGAUGUUGAAAAACAGACCAUUAACCUAAUCAAGCAAAAACCUGUUGCUUCAAGAGGCUACAGUUUAACGUAUCUGCAAGAAGCUGCCAACAACGUAAAAGAAAAAGUGACUGAAUUUGAAUCAAAAAAGAAAUUUGCUCUAAAGAAGGAGUUCACAGUCGAUCUCUUGCUGUAUGUGUUUCACAGAGCAUGGACGUGGCUUUCAGAAUCCCACAAGGAGUUCAAAAUGAACAAUGAUGCACAUUCUUAUGUAGACAGCAAGAAAAUGCAAUAUUACAGAGUUUUCCAAAACUUCUGCAAAGGAAGCUCAUCAGCUGUUGUGCUUGGAGAACUGAUCUGUGACAAGCUGAAGAGUUCUACUGUUGAGGCCGUCUGUAACAACACUGCCAUUGAUCUCGCUGGAGAGAUGAGGUGCAAUUUCCCAGCAUUCAACGGGAACAGGUUGAACUUGGAGAAACAUGUGUUGAAAUCACUUGCUGAGAAAGAGAACUUUGAUGGCUUCAUCACCUACAAACGACACCCAAGGAGGCAGGUAGAGGAAUUCAUAAGAGAGGAAGUACAAAAAUACAUCUUCACAGACAACAAAUAUAAAUCCCUGAAUAUACUCAAGAAAAAUGUUGAUGACAUCAAAAAUCUUGUGAGUCAAGCUUUACAUGAUGCAACAGAGAAAGUCAAAAUCCACAAUGGAGACCCAGACAUUUGGAUGGAGAAAUUUUCUAGUUUGCUUAAAGAUAAGUUAACAUUUGACAACAUCUGUUGCCAAAACUUCAGUGACUUAAACAGUUUUGACUUUCUCAAAGAAGAGAUAGAGAAAGGUCUUGAAUCCAUUGUAAAGGAGCUCAGAAGCCUCUCACUGGAUGAAAUGGACAAAUUCAGGAUGAAGCCUGAUCAAAUCCUCAUUGAUCAGCUUUGUAACUGCUGCUGGGUAAAGUGUCCAUUCUGUGCAGCUGUUUGUACCAACACACUGGAAGAUCACAGUCCUGACAAACACAACGUCCCUUUCCAUCGCCCCUCUGGGAUUACAGGAUUUCACACUAGAGGCACAGAGAACUUGGUCAUUGAUUUCUGUACAACAUUAGUUGCUAGUGACAGACAUUUCUAUCCCAGUCAUGAUAAAGAGAACAGAAUACCUUACAAAGAGUAUCACACAGCUGGGGAGAAAUAUGCUUCAUGGAAGAUUACUCCUGAUGAGUCUAAACUGACAUACUGGAAAUGGUUUGUAUGUCGAUUUCAAAAGCAACUGGAGGACCACAACAAACGAAAAUUCCAGGGCAGAGGAGCGAUUCCCAGUGAUUGGCGAAAUUACAAAAAACAAGAAGCUAUUGACAGUCUGGAUGAAAUGUACAUUUUGUGACGUGUCAACGUGUGAGUGAGUCAGAAAAAGAACACAACCUCAUCCUAGCAACAAAAGAUUGAAGUGUCUUAUUUGUCGAAAUUGGGAUUUAAUGGAAGUUUUGCAUCGAUAGCAAUACCGAGAGUAUGCUACAGUCUUUCAUUCAUCAUUCAUUCAUCAUUAAUAUUUAAAUUAGUGAACACUUACAAAGUGUGUCGCUGAACAACAUUAGUGCCAAACAAGUAGUAGGAAUACCUGAAACUCCUGAAGCAACAAAUCUAAAUGUCUGCAAAUUACAAAUGACGUGUUUGUUUGUAAUUAAAGGAUGCAGACAGACCAUAUUCAUUAGAAGUCAUAAUUUUCUUUUAGAUAAUAUCGUUGUAUUCAUUUUUUUACCUACUUAUUUAAAGGAAAACAUGUUUAAUCCAGGAAUGAAGGUGUUUCUAAAUUCUAAAGUAUUAUGGAGACAUUUUCACUCUAGAAAGGGGAAUGCAAUGUAUGACUGACUUUUUAGAUUUUAUUUCAAUGUGAAAAUGUUAUUUAACAGACAUGACAUGAAACUGCUGAGUUAUUUGCUUUUGUAAACAAGUUUAUUAGUGUGUAAAACUGCUCCUAUCAGGAGGAUUUAUGUCAUUUAUAAAAAGAUUUGCAUCUUGUAAUCACCUAUAUGUGUAGAUUAUGGGUUGUGUUUUAGUUUAAUUAUCACACAAUAAGAAAUGGCAACCAUUAGUGGAUUUAAUUGUUAAUACGUAUAUAAUACAUGUCUCAUUAAAUGCAUCAUGACGGGAAACACAAGUUUUGAUAAAAGUUGGACAAUGCAUUUCUCUGUUGUUUUUGCAAAGUUUAAAUAAGAUAAAUAUAAAAAAUGAUUGAUCUACCAUAAGUGAUAGGAAGGAUCAUAGGGUGGAUGUUGAGAAAUUGAAUACAGUUGAUCAAUUAUUAAUGAAUUAAUGAAGCGUUGUCAGAGUCCACACACUUUGAUUAUAAAUAUAUUUAAAUAAAUAUAAAUGUAUUUUUACACAAACAAUUUCAAUCCAACCUUUAUUUUGUUGAGUUUGUUUGUUGACAAAUUUAUGAAAAAUAUUUUAUCUUUCUCAAGUAGUGUUCAAGAAGUUUUACUAUCAUUGAUUUUUUCAUAAAUACAGAUGUAUAUUUUACUUAUUACUAUUGCCCUUGUUGGCUUUAGUUUUGUUGUUUGCUUAAAUGGAAUCUGAGUAUGUUGAUAGAUAAUGAUAAAUCAAUCUUUGUAUUGUCUUUUAUUGUAAUAAAUAUAACCUUCAGUCGU